ACGGACGGAAAAAUAAUAAUAAUAGUUUUUUUUUUUUUCUUUUUCUUCAGUUCUCUCUGUUUCUCCUUGGCUUUCAUAUUCGUAAUCCGUUUCAAUUCUUAUCAAUCCAAAUCCAGAAAUUUUGAGUCUCAAAGUUUUGUUUUUUGUUUUUUUGAGUUUCUUUAUCCAACGGCAUGUUGAGUUUCUCAUGGAGAUUGGUUUAGUUGGAAUCUAAGCUUGCAAUGUCUUUUUUUCCCUGAUCUUAUCUGGUGAUGCGGAAUUCUUGAUUUCUUAUAUUACUUACCCAGUAGGCGCCAUUUUGGAACUUGGUUUCGGACAAAGAGCUAUAAUCUGGUUUAAUUUGAAGUUAAGGGUUCUCUGGAUUGCUUCAUUUAGAUCAAAAAAAAUUGAAGCUUUCCGACUUGAUUUAGGAGUUGAAGUGACAGAUGGAGGUUGUGUCCGAGUCUGAUGAUGCUGAGACCUCCUCCAUUACCCACCUUCCAGAUGACUGUCUUUCCUUUAUCUUCCAACGACUUGAUAAUGUGGCUGACCAUGAUUCAUUCGGUUUGACUUGUCAUCGCUGGCUCAACAUCCAAAACAUAAGCCGUCGAUCUUUACAGUUUCAGUGUUCCUUCACUGUCCUGAAUCCUGCAACUCUGUCUCAGCCGAAUCCUGAUGUGAAUUCCUAUCAUCUCCACAGGCUUCUCACUCGGUUCCAGUGGUUGGAGCAUCUCUCGCUUUCUGGUUGCACGUUACUGAAUGAUUCAAGCCUCGCCUCUCUCAGGUUUCCCGGUGCAAGACUGCGUUGUCUUUACUUAGAUUGUUGCUUUGGUAUUUCUGAUGAUGGGAUCUCUACAGUUGCUAGCUUUUGCCCCAAUCUAAGAGUGGUUAGUCUCUACCGCUGCAAUAUCAGUGACAUUGCGUUAGAAGCUUUAGCCAGGGCUUCCGUGCCUCUAAUGUGCCUGAAUCUCUCGUACUGCCCUCUGGUGUCUGAUUUGGGGAUAAAGGUAUUGUCACAAGCAUGCUUGCAGCUUAAGUCAGUGAAGAUCUCAAACUGCAAGAGCAUAACCGGUGUUGGCUUCAACGGCUGUUCUCCAACUCUAGGCUAUGUGGAUGCUGAGUCUUGUCAGCUUGAGCCUAAGGGUAUAACUGGGAUCAUUAGCGGAGGUGGGAUUGAGUUUCUAAACCUUUCAGGGGUAAGUUGCUACAUCCACAAAGAUGGGUUGGUACAUAUUGGCUCUGGGAUUGCAUCAAAACUUAGAAUCUUGAACCUAAGGAUGUGCAGAACGGUUGGUGAUGAAUCCAUCGAAGCUAUAGCAAAAGGUUGUCCAGUGCUCCAAGAGUGGAACUUGGCUCUGUGUCAUGAAGUUAAGGUUUUGGGAUGGGAAGCCGUAGGAAAGUGGUGCCGUAACUUGAAGAAUCUCCAUGUGAACCGUUGUAGGAACUUAUGUGACCGAGGGUUGCUUGCUCUACGAGGUGGUUGCACGAACCUCCAGAUUCUCUACAUGAGCGGGAAUGCGAGGCUGACCCCUACAGCAGUUGAGAUGUUCAGGUUACAUAGAGCCGAUAUAACAAUAAGGGCAGAGGAAAUGAUGGCCAUAGGAGCAGACUGGAGACUAUAUGCACAAGAAUGAAGCAUCCAUUACCCAACAGUAUAUAUGCGUUGGUCUUACCCAGAGGAAAACUGCAAGAACGGAUCCGAAUGCUGCUGAAGCAAGCUAGUAAACAACUCUAAAAUAUACAUUACAAAUACUAUACAUCCUUUCUUCUUUUGGUCAUCAACAAAUACUAUACAUUCUUACUUCACUUAGUUGUCAAAUUUAUAAUGUGUCCAUAAAGUUAUAAUGGAUGGUCCUUAGAAUUCUUUACUUCUGUCUCUUGCACAAUCCCCCAAUAUUUGCUUUGUUGUAAUGUUGUGAUUCUUUGG